AUGCAGUCUGAGAUACCAGUUGUCUCGUUCAUUUGUGCAGCGCUGGUCUUAGUUCCUCUUCCAUGCCAUUUACGAGCUCGCAAUAUCGCUACCGUCUCCAUUAUUGCCUGGCUAUUCGUGGUCAACGUAAUAUACGCCAUAGACGCUAUUGUAUGGUCGAACAACUCCAGGAUCAUCGCUCCAGUGUGGUGCGACAUUACUUCAACUCUAAUAACCGGCGUCCAUAUCGCCUUGCCGGCUGCAUGCCUAUGUAUCUGUAUUCAUCUCGAACAAAUAGCAUCUUUCAGCCAGGUUGCCACUCCUGUAGCGAAAAGACGUCGUAUCAUAUUUGAAUCCCUAAUGUGUUUUGGUUUGCCAUUGGUGUAUAUUGCCCUUCACUUCAUUGUACAGAGUCACCGGUUUGACGUCUUCGAAGGCUUUGGAUGCCGUCCUACGACCUUUACUUCAAUUCCAGCAAUCUUCUUGGUGUGGAUUCCACCGCUUUUUCUUUCUCUGGCAACCCUUGUUCAUGCUGGUCUUUCCUGGCGCCAUUUCCUUUGUCGUGGUAUCCAGUUUGCACGGUGCGGCUAUGGCUCACCGCUUUCGCUUACCUCCAGCCACUAUAUUCGGCUGGUCGUCAUUUCCGUAGCAGAGGUGGUCUGGGUACUCAUCGUGAUAUCUGUCGAGAUGCGAUUCAAACUUUCUUCCGGUCUGGAACCAUGGACGAGUUUGAGCGACGUACACAAAGAUUUCUCUCGCGUACUCACAUUCGGUGUUCAAGACACAUCACGGUCUACAAUUUCAUCCCUGCUAUUCUCGUGGAUCGCAACUCCAAUUGAGUCGCUCUUGUUCUUUGCGCUUUUCGCCUCUGGAAACGAUGCCGUAGCCGGAUACAAACGAUGUGGGAACUGGAUCAAGCACUGCUUUUCUUCGAGGCAGGAAUUUGAUUCAAGCUCCAUGGAAAGCCAUAAGACCCCGAUGUGUUCUACCAUUACCUUUAACGAGUGA